GUGCGCGCAAUGUUGCGCAUAAACAAUGACGUCGCCCCCAAGAGAUGGGCACCGCCUUCGGCCUGGGCCUAUUCUGGACCUUGUCGAUGAGCCUGACCCAUCCAACACCGUGUUGGACUUUUCGUUUCAAAAGCAGGGGUACGUAGCCAUCAUGCAGCAGUCGAUGGGUGCCAACGACGCCGAUCCCAACGUCUCCGAACUCGACUUCCCCACUACGUAUUUGGUCCGGUCCAUUCAAAAGCGGUACCCCCCGCCAGUGCUGCAACCUCGAAAAACACAUUCCACGCGUUCAAGCCCUCGUCAUGGACCAAGCCCAGCGGAUAAAAUUGCCCUGCUCCGGUUCACCGUUGACGUGUACGCCAUUGGGCUGUCUCCUUAGUCGAACGACUGGCGAGCCAUUGACAUGACCGCCGCCAUGGAGUGUUCCUCGCACGGAACAACUGGUCGACCCUUGUUAUGUAGGAUAGGCGCUUUUCCGAGUUACAGAGCAAGGCCACGGUGUGCUCGACACAUUCCCUGCUUUCAAUAUGCAGGAAUGGUCGCACCUCGAUGCACAUCACGACGGCCCAGUCGCGACAGUUUGCCUGUCAAGUCGUUGUUCCAAAGCCUCUAGAUCCAUUUGACUAACAAGUUCGGCCGU